CAUGAGAAACUCAAUUCCUCUUUUUCUUAUGAAAGUCUGUAUAAAAACCUGGAAUUUUUUUGUAGAUGAAUAAAUUAAAUAUGACUAUGAGUUUCCACUGAGAUGAGCUUUUGUGUAGAAGAAGCCUUGAACAAACUGCAAAACUAUCUGUCUUUGUGUUUCUUGAUAGGUUAGAAUAUGGAGUUUAUGCAUAGGGGGAAAGUGGCUAUAACUCUGCUAUUAUUUGCUCUCCUCCUCCCACUUAACUUCAUUAAUCUUGAAGGAUUAUCAGCUGGAUCAGAGAGAAGAUUAGUUGAAUUAGAUUAUGGUUCAGAAACCUAUCAGUCAGAUUAUACGGUGAGAAUAGAUCCUUUGGACAAUUUCAAGAAAUACAAAGGAGGAUUUGACAUUACAAAUAAACACUAUUCGAGUUCCACCAUUUUUACAGGUAUAUAUGGAUAUGUCAUUGCAGUGCUGUGGCUCUUGUGUGGCUUAGGAUAUGGAUUGUUUCUCCUAGCUUCAACCUACUGCUGUAAAAGAAAAGAUAGAGAGUUUAAGAAGAGAUCAACUUUUUAUAAACACUGUUAUCUCUGGCUUACCCUCUCAGCUAUUUUCUUGACAAUUUUAGCUAUAACAGCUACAGGCCUGGUACUAGGAGGGAAUGCGAAACUUCGUUCAAGAGCGGAUAGAGUAGUGGACAUCAUCAUUGAUACAGCAGAUGGCGCAUCAGAGACUAUAUACGCUACUACUAGAGCCUUGAGAGAGAUGAACACCGACUUAGCGCAUACUGAUAUAGGCCAUCAGGCUUCUCAUUUCCUCGUUCCCACCUCUAAUAGUCUUGACAGACACGCUGAUGAUAUACAUAGGGAAGCCAUGAAGAAUAGGCGUUUAAUCCAGAAAGUCCUCGAGAUAGUGUACGUAGUAACUACACUGAUUAUUUCACUCAAUUUGGUCGCUUUGAUUGCCCUAACAGUAUCUGGAAUCCUCAAAUAUAGAAGAACUCUUUACAUGCUCAUUGCAGCCUGUUGGACCUUUACAGUUUUUUGCUGGUUACUUUUUGGAGCAUAUUUCUUCAUUGCUAGCUUUGCUCGGGAUGCAUGCACAGCUCUUGAAAGUUUUCAGAUAAAUCCCUACAACAAUAGCUUGAGUUCAGUCCUCCCCUGUGAUGAAUUACUCUCUGCAGAAUCUAUCCUAUAUAAUGUCAGUGAAGGGAUUCAUCGAGUAGUGCACACGAUAAAUAGAGCGCUAUCUACAGAUUAUGGAAACGUAGCACAAAUUUGCAACCCAUUCUCCGGUCCACCUGACUAUAACUACAAGCCUGAUCAGAACUGUCCAUCUAGCGCAAUCAAGAUAGGAGACCUCCCUCGGAUAAUCAAGAUGUCGACUUGCACCGAUACAAACUGCAAAGGAGGAGUCUUGAUCUCGCGUAGGGACUACAAUAACAUCGAGGCAUACACAACUGCUCUAAAAAGGUUACUGGAUGUGUACCCCGGAAUGGAAAGCCUAGCAGAAUGUAACACAGUGUAUGAUUCAUUCUCAGAUAUCCUAGACAAACACAGCGAACCAUUAAAGAAAAACGCGCAUAUGACAUGGGGCGGACUUGCUUUCCUCUCGGUAGUGAUGGUCGCGUUAGUCCUUGUGUGGACAUUCCAAGCAUAUCACGAACAGAAUCAUCAUCACAACUUCGAUACUUCUAUCAAGCCUCAUUCUUCAACAGUAGAUAUGCUAGAAUUAGGCACAGUUAAAGAAGCCAAGGCUGAUACUAAUCUUAGUUCAGUAAGUCAAAUGACAGUUGAUUAGUUUAGAGAUUAGAGAAUUGUACAGAUUGAUAAGAUGAUUAGAGAGUAUAUAUAGGGAAGGGGAGCCUUGGAGUAACCGGUAAAGUUGCUGCCAUGUAACCAGGAGGUCACGGGUUCAAGUCUUGGAAAUAGCUUCUAGUAGAAAUGCAAGGUAAGGCUGCGUACGAUACACCCUUGUGGUGGGGCCCUUCCCCGAACCGAACUGCCCUUUUUGGAGAGUAUAUACAGGAGAUCCAAAGGGAUCUCCAUACAGAGGGAUAUAGCCAAAUAGGAGAUUCUUUAUUGUUAGAAAGUUAAAACAAGCCAGUUUAUUGGGGACCAAUCCCUAAUGGCAUGUAUUAAAUUCAAACAAAAAAGAAAUGCAUCUAUUUAUCAAUCUUUUUUGGAAA